GUGUAGCUUUAGGCCCUUCCAUCUCGCGAAUCAUGCGUACAACUCUACAAGGCAUCUACGCUCCGAGGGGGCCAGGGCAGCCCUAUCUCCGUUGCCCGCUUUAUCCCCAUCUCUCUCCUUGAUGAUUCCCUCGUUUUCACCCAUCUACUAUCUUCCCCGACAUCAAGGCCCGAUCGUUGGUACCCUCUCUUUGUCAGUCUCAAACCAUGAGUCUCUUUGGGAUUGGAAGGAACCAGAGAACAUUCCGCCCUAAAAAAAGUGCCCCUUCAGGGAGUAAGGGAGCACAAUUAAGAAAGCACAUUGAUGCAACUUUAGGAAGUGGAAACUUAAGAGAAGCUGUAAGGCUCCCCCCUGGAGAGGACAUUAAUGAGUGGCUUGCUGUCAAUACGGUGGAUUUCUUCAACCAGGUUAAUCUGCUCUAUGGCACACUGACAGAGUUUUGCACACCUGAGAACUGCCCUACAAUGACAGCUGGCCCUAAGUACGAGUAUAGGUGGGCAGAUGGUGUGCAGAUCAAGAAACCUAUUGAAGUUUCGGCACCAAAAUAUGUUGAGUAUUUGAUGGAUUGGAUUGAGGGCCAGUUGGAUGACGAAUCAAUUUUUCCUCAAAAGCUUGGUGCACCAUUUCCCGCCAACUUCAAGGAUGUUGUGAAGACGAUAUUUAAGCGGCUGUUUCGUGUAUAUGCUCAUAUUUAUCACACUCAUUUUCAGAAGAUUGUGAGUCUCAAGGAAGAGGCCCAUCUAAAUACUUGCUUCAAGCAUUUCAUACUUUUUACUCAUGAGUUUGGGCUUAUUGACAAGAAGGAGCUUGCUCCACUCCAAGAUCUUAUAGAAUCUAUUAUUCCACCUUUCUGAAGAUAUUAACCUUGUUGUGGUUUUGGAUUUUAUCUUGCCUACGUAGGGGGCACUACUCAAUGUCAUCAAAACGUCAUUGUUAAACUUGAUUGGGUUGUUUUGUCUCUGAAAUCAUAUUUAUGCACACAUACAUUCUAUAACCACAAAGGACUGCUCAUUUGGUUUGGGGUUUGAUGUUUAUGAGGUAAUGUUUGCUGUAGACUCAAAUUGUAUUUGUUCUUCGGGUCUUGGACACUGUAGUUGGCUUCUGUGUAAUAAAAUAGAGACCCUUUUUACACCUUAUGAUGCAAUGAAGUGUGUUUUAAUUACACCUAAUAGUAUUUUGCAUCAUUAUCAUUUAUUUUGAAUGGUGGUAAAUAAUUUGUCAUUGAGAACUGUGUUUGUGCAGUAAUACUAUGAUCUUUUUGUCAUUAUGCACAAAUGUGUGAAGUAUUUGUUACCCUAAUUUAGUCCUCAUACCAAAUAAAAAGAGAAACCGGAAGUGUUAGGGGAUUGGUGUCCCAUAUCACUAUGUACAAUGUGAUGAUUGCUUUUGAAACACUACAUUUCUUGAAGCGGAAA